UAGAUUUCGAACGCCAUUGUUGAUGUAAAUCGGAUUGUUCCAGCCGGAGAGACAUGACGCUUAUAUUAGCAUAAACGAAUGAAUCCUUGAAAAGGAGAGAACAGGGAACAGAAUGGAAAGUGAAAUUUUGACGGAACUGCAAAGAGUUGUGAUGAAUCCAGCUCACUAAAACUAGACCAAGCGCCAGUCAGGUAACGAAGGGCUGGAGAAAAAAAAAAAUAAAAUCGAUCCGUGGGCGGGCUAGAGGUCCGUCGCCUUAUAGACAAACACAAAAAAAUGUACUCAGUCGUCUUCCUGCUACGGUUCAGUUAAGAGUGACUGUGUUGCUAGUGCCCAGCAGAGCCUUUCUUAACUGAACCAAAUGAAGUCGCUCUCGCUAAGAUAUGGUGUGAUUUUCUUCCUAUUGAUCAUCGAUAGUCUUGAUUCGGCAGCCGUUCCUAAAGGUAGUGUCGGAGCUGGAGGUCGCGGAGUUAAAGGAAUGCGCCAUAAAGCGGGCGCAAGGAAAGCAGGAGAACGGCGUCCCGUACUAAGUAGCGCCGGCAUUCGAGCUGGGGCAAAUACCGUCGUCCAAGAAUCUCCGACGCUCACGGCGGUCGGUGUUGGAGGUCACCCGUUAGGUAGUAGGAAAACGGAAGAAUCGGAAUCUUACUACAACAACCCAAACGGAGCAAAGGUGAUAGACGCAUCGCAUUUUGAGUCGGAAUACAUCCUUGGUCGUAAAUUAGCUUUCUAUUGCAAAGCACAAGGGGUCCCACGUCCGCACAUCACUUGGCUUAAGGACGGUAUUGAACUAUACGCUCACCCAUUCUUUCAAGUGCACGAAUACAAAGUUGGUAAAGAUCUGAUAAAAUCCAAGAUGGAAAUCGACCCAGCAACGCAAAAGGAUUCGGGUUUCUACGAGUGCCAGGCGGACAACAAGUACGCCAUUGACAAGCGAGGAUUUCGCACCGAUUACACAUUAGAUGUCUAUUAAAUUCAGAUGUUUGUGAUACUGUGUCACAAACUUUAUGUAACUUUUCAUCGUGCUUUCCUUUUUUUAUUAUUCAAAUUCGCCUUUUCGUCCCUCGCUGUUAUAUCAUGUUCCGUUUUAGAGCACCCUGGAGACCUAUAUGGCUUCGGCGAUGAAGCUCCCUAGCCAUUUUCGACACUUCAUCUCCACUAUUCAAACUUAAAAAAAGAAUUUAAGCGUUAUAUAGCACUUUGGGGAAUUUAAAGGGGGAUUCGUGUCACGUAAGGUGAUUAGAUAAAACACAAUGGCAUCUUAAACCCUUACAUACGUCUUUUCUCUACGAGACAUGCUACACGCGCCAUAUUGCUGUGUCUUUUGUUACCGUAAUUAUGUAAUCUAUCGCAAUAAAUACAUGCGGAUAUAUGCGAUCCUAUAAA